GCCACCGCCCUCGCACCAACCAUCCGAUCGGUUCUUCGUCACAUCGCUCUCAUCUCGAGCCCUAGAGAUCAGAAAGGGCAUCUUCAAUCCACUUUAUUAUUGACAUCGCCGCAUCAAAGCUUCCAUCUUUCCUUCUUUUUGUUGAAGAAAUCGCGCUCGGGAGCGUUGGCAAGCCGCUGCCGGCAACAAUGACAGGGAAGGAGAUCUUGCACAAGAUAAAGGCCAAGGCCGGGUUUGCAUCAUCCUCAGAUACCGGCAAGGGCAAGUGUAAAGUCUCAGGAAGAAGCAUCAGGCAUGGCUAUCACUUGGUGAAAGGGAAAUCGAGUCAUCCAAUGGAGGAUUAUCUAGUGGCAGAAUUUAAGAAAGUCAAUCACAAUGAAUUGGGUCUAUUUGCAGUUUUUGAUGGCCAUUUGGGCCAUUCAGUUGCUGAUUACCUACGUGCUCAUCUUUUUGAGAACAUACUGAAGGAGCCUGAAUUUUUCAGUGAUAUAGAAACUGCAAUAAGGAAAGCUUAUGAUAGAACCGACAACAAGAUAUUGGAGAAAACUGCUGAAUUGGGUAGAGGUGGUUCUACUGCAGUCACUGCUAUAUUAAUCAAUGGUUCGAGGCUUGUGGUGGCGAAUGUUGGAGAUUCACGUGCAGUUCUUUCCAAGAAUGGUGUAGCUAUACAACUUUCUGUUGAUCACGAACCGAGCAUGGACCGAGAAAUGGUCGAAGAAAAGGGUGGUUUUGUGUCGAACAUUCCUGGAGAUGUACCGCGUGUGGAUGGGCAGCUGGCUGUGACGAGAGCAUUCGGAGAUGGGAGCUUGAAGAAGCACCUGAGUUCGGAACCCCACGUUGUCGACGAAACUGUAGAUGAUGAUACAGAGUUUCUAAUCCUGGCUAGUGAUGGCUUAUGGAAGGUUAUGUCGAACCAAGAGGCAGUGGAUUUCAUCAAAGAGGCAAAGGAUCCUCAAACAGCUGCCAAGAAUUUGACAGAGGAAGCUGUUGCAAGGAAGAGCAAAGAUGAUAUUUCUUGCAUUGUAGUUAAAUUCAACUAAAAGUAAACAAAAAAAAAAAAAUAAUGUUUCAGUUCUAUACAAAUACUGCUCUCUCGUUGAAUUUAGUUUGUGUUUGCUGGUUUGGCUUGAUUUUCUGCAAUAAGUUAAACAAAAAUGGCAUGUAAAAUGAUGGAUUGUAGAAUAUUGUAGAUGAAGAUACUAUAUGCCAGUGAUAUUUAUUGUUAUUAAAA